GUCAACUACUAACUAGGUCAAAAUUCUUGAAAUAUGCCCUCCAUGUCGAGUUCAGUUUGCUUUCUCCUGAUCACUCGGUCCGGAGAGCGUCAAAGGAAUAAUAAUAAUAAUACAUAUUUACAUACGUACUGUCCAAUACCAUCGUACGGCGUAAUAUUACAGACACGUAAUUUACAGAACCUUCAACCCUGAACUUUCCUUCGUGUUGGUAACUAGUUACCUACUAUUAACUAGUACUCCUACG